UUAAACCUGUGAGCUUCUGCAAUCUCUCUAAUGGCGCGUACGAAACAGACUGCAAGGAAAUCCACCGGAGGAAAGGCUCCGAGGAAGCAAUUGGCUACCAAGGCGGCUCGGAAAUCUGCUCCAGCGACUGGAGGCGUGAAGAAACCCCACAGAUUCAGGCCUGGAACGGUCGCUUUGAGAGAGAUCCGGAAGUACCAGAAGAGUACCGAGCUUCUUAUCCGAAAGCUUCCAUUCCAACGUUUGGUUAGGGAGAUCGCUCAGGACUUCAAGACUGAUCUUCGUUUCCAAAGCUCCGCGGUUUCAGCGCUUCAAGAAGCUGCGGAGGCUUAUCUGGUCGGGCUCUUUGAAGAUACUAACCUCUGUGCGAUUCAUGCGAAAAGGGUUACGAUUAUGCCCAAAGAUAUCCAGCUUGCUCGUCGGAUUAGGGGUGAGCGUGCUUAAAAUGCAACUCUCUCUGUUAUUUUCUUGGUGAAUCACUUACUAAUAUUGUAUAGUGAACCGUUU